AGAAACAUCCAUGAUAAGAUCUAAAGCAACCAAAGCAACGCGUGUUACCAUUUUCUCGAGCGGCGGACCUUUACUCAUAAGGGGCAUUUCAAAUUUUACAACCUUUUUGCCGUCAUGGCCAAGACAGAUACCUCUGUCUCCCUUCUGGGAACAAGUGCCUCCAUAGAUCCUUCUCUGGCUUCCUUGUUCGCGACAAGUGCUGGUCCUGUCAAGGCUCCUUUAAUCAAUGUCCCCGCAGCAAAGCGUGCUGUCAAAGAUGACGAAGACAACGACAGCGAAGAUGAGAUCUCCGAGGCGGAGGAUGAAGAAAUGCAAGAGGCUACAGAAGCUGCGAGUGAUUCUGGCAGUGUUUCAGCAGUUCAUGCCUCCGAGAUCUCUAGUCGGAAACGAAAGAGAGCGCCGGCAGAAGAAGUCGAAGACUCGUACAUGCGUCGCAUAGAAAAGGAGCAGCAAAAAGAGGAAUCCAAGCGUCGCGAGGAGAAGGCCAAGCGGCAGAAGGUUGAGGAGGGUGAAAAUGACAAGGAUCAUACCGACGAAAGCAAUGAUGGGAGUGAUAGUGAUGAAGAAAAAGGGGCAGAAGAAGAACAAGAAGAAGAAGAAGAAGAAGGAGAGACUGCGAUGCCGAUGCAUGAGAGCCAGACUAGGGACGCUGAGAACGCAGAGUUAGACAAGUCUAAUCGCACUGUGUUCCUUGGCAAUGUCUCUAACGAGGCUAUCAAGUCCAAGUCCGCGAAGAAGACGCUCCUCAAGCACCUUGGGUCCUUCCUUGACUCGCUUCCAGAAUCUACGGGGCCUCACGAAGUGGAAUCUAUCCGCUUUCGCUCGACAGCAUUUGCGAGCGGCGGCAAGGUGCCCAAGCGAGCUGCAUUCGCUAACAAGGAGGUGCUGGACGAUACUACACCAUGCACAAACGCAUAUGCUGUGUACUCGACGGUACAGGCUGCGCGAAAAGCACCUACUGCAUUGAACGGUACAGUAGUCCUCGAUCGACAUCUGCGAGUCGACAGUGUCGCACAUCCUGCCAAAAUCGACAACAAGCGGUGUGUUUUCGUGGGCAACUUGGACUUCAUUGACAAUGAGGUCAAGCCCGAUGAUGACAAACGAAAGAAGAAGAGAGCCCCCGCAGAUGUGGAGGAAGGCCUCUGGAGAGUGUUCAACGCUCACACUGGUGGAUCGAAAAAGGAUGGGUCAGGCAAAGGCAGCGUUGAGUCCGUUCGAGUGGUCCGUGAUUCUGCUACGCGUGUCGGCAAAGGAUUUGCGUAUGUCCAGUUCUAUGAUCAGAAUUGUGUGGAAGAAGCCCUUUUGCUGGAAGGAAAGCAAUACCCACCCAUGCUUCCGCGCAAGCUUCGUGUGUCUCGGGCUAAGAAAAUUAUGAAGAAGCGCGAUGAGGGUAGCAGCAAGCAAGGAAAGACGCUUGGGAGUGCGGACAAGACACUUCAGGGUCGUGCUGGCAAGCUCUUUGGACGUGCCGGUGCGGCCAAGGUCAAGGCUGCAGGAAAGACCUCCAUCUCGCAGAACUCGUUGGUCUUUGAGGGCCAGCGGGCCACGGAAGGAGGGUCGCGCAUCCGAGUCAAGGGGAAGAGUCGUGGCUCAAAGGCCAAGCGCAACAGUCGAAGUAGCAAGCGCGCUGCGGCAUAUAAGGCCUCUGGUGGGAGGAAAGGCAAGACGAGUCAGUAG